CUCGAGAGAUAGGUGACAUAUUGUCGUAUGGAAUCAUGGCUGUGAAGAGACAUUUUACUGGGAAGCCAAUUGGUCAGGAAUAUGAACCGAGCGAUGACUCUGAACUGGAGUCUGAAGUGGAAGAAGACGAGAAUGAAAAACAACAACAACAGAAAAGUAUAAAGACGAAUAUUCAAAUACGGCCAGUUGAAAGAGAUGUUAUUCAAAAAGAUGAAGAGAAAGUAGAACAACCACUAGAGGAACUCCAAGCUGAGCAGGAGAAUCAAAGUGAAAGUGAAGAAGAAGAAGAAUCAAGUGAUGAAGAGGAUAGUAGUGAAGAAGAAUCAAGUGAUGAUGAACCAAAGAUGUUAAAACCAGUGUUUUUAUCUAAAACCAAGAGAGCUCAAGUCAUAAAAUCGUCAACACCCCCGAAAACGAAAGAUCAAAAGGCUGCUGAAGAUAGAGAACGUACUCUGAAAACCAUCGAGGCACAUAUUAAUCAAGAUAUUGAAUAUCGCAAACAGUUGAAAGAAUCAACUCAAAACUAUGGUGGUAUUGAUGACACUGAUGAUUUAGAUCCUGAAGCUGAAAGAACUGAAUGGGAGCUGAGACAAUUACAAAGAGAACAAAGGGAUCGUGCUAAAUUAGAACAAGAACAAGAUGAAUUGGAAGAACUAGAAAACAGAAGAUUGAGAACAGAAGAGGAAAGAGAGAAAGAGUUCAGAGAAAAGCAAGCUACUGAAGAACAAAAUGAAGAUGGUUCUAGUAAGUCAAAAGCAAAAGGAGCCUUCUUUAGAGAUGAAGAAUUGUUGAAACGUGAUCUUGGUGAAGAGAAUGAAAAAUAUGAUAAAAAUUUAUUACCUCAACGUUUCAACCCGGAUAAACUCUGAGUAAAACUACAGAUAGAGAACUCAAUCAAGUUUAUAUAUUCAUAAAG